CUCAUACUCACACCUCACCUCACCUCACCUCACCUCACCAUCAUCAAGAAUUCGCAGAGAUGCUACGCCUUCAGCCUCUGCUCCGUACCCAGCUCUCGCCGGUGUCCAGCACUCCACUGGCCAGCACAUCCCGCCUGAUCAGCACAACUCGCUCGGCCACGCCUCUCCUACCUUCUCGGGCAAAGCCAUCCUGCAAUUGCUCUUCCUCCCACUCCCACUCUUCUCUGCACCCACCUCUCCCCUCCUCCCAUCCUACCUCCUCACCACCAACAACAACAGCAACAGUAGCAUCAGCGGGAUUCCUCACAAAUCCUGCUUCUCGCUCUCUUCUAUCUCAAGAGCAGACACGAGGAAUGAAGGUGCGCAGCUCAGUCAAGAAGUUCUGUGAAGGAUGCUCAGUCGUAAGACGUAAAGGACGAUUGUAUGUCAUUUGCUCAAAGGAUCCAAAGCACAAGCAGGUGAGUAGAGAGAGAAGGGGGGGAGAGAUGAGGAGAGAGGGUCUUGAGAAUGGCGAGACGGACUGGAGGAAUGCAGAGAGAGGGGGAGGAAUUGGAGAUGCUGGAGGACGAGACAGAGGCGAACACAUCAGAGCUGACAUGUGCUGCUCGGCUCUUCCUUAUCAAACCACAGCGUCAAGGCUAGAGCAGCUAUGCACUUCUUCUGUCCCUUUGUCUCUCCCUCGUCUCAUCAGGCAUCUCACUCACAUCUCUUCAGCGCUGGGAUCGCUCACCCCACCGCCCAAACCCUGCCCAGGGACCUCCGAGUCAUGCGCAAAAUCUCUGUACUUGUAGUCUCGAAAUACACAUACACCCCACCCUACAUCACAUACAACGGAGAAGAGCUUGAUCAUUCUC